AUGGAUCUGGUGUUAGGGCUUGAAGCAAGGAAAGAUGGAAAUAAAGUCAUCGAUGUAAAAGGAGGAGGAGUUCUUUCAGUAGAUAUUAAUAACAACGAUAAGAUCAUCACGAAACCUGGAAGCAAUAGUUGCGGAAUCAACGAUGAUGAUAAAUCCAUAGAUCAGUUUAUCUUUCCAGAAGAGAACCAGGACACGGAACAAAAAGAUGACAAAACUGAGAGUUCAGGUUCGAGUUCUUUUGGUGAUGCAGCUUCUGAUGAAUCACAAUUCAGUGAUGAUGAUCCUUCUUCGCGGCCGAUGCUUGAUGUUAAUGAAUUUUCCGAGGUGCUGAGAAAACCGGAGAAAAAACCAACUAGUCGUCGUUGGAAUGCCUACAUUCGCCCGGUGGCGUGGCGUUGUAAAUGGGCUGAUUUACAGUUCAGGAAGUUGCAAAACCUGGCUAAGGAAUACGACACGAAACUCGCUGAUCUUAACAGAAGGAAACCCGCGGAAGAAGGUUUUGAAGUUUUGAUGGAGAGGAAAAAGAGGAGAAGGGUAGAAGACACGGUGGAUCCGGCUUCUUAUUUCGCUAACCAUCCCGUUUUUUCUUAUUUCGAGUGCAUCAAGAAGAAUCAGCAAGCUGAUGGUAAUUAUUUUGAUGAGGAGUUGAAGGGCAAAGGUAGGGUUAUUGAUCAUCAUCAAAGAUCGUGGCUGGGUUCCGGCGUCGAAGAUGAUCGUUUGAAUGAAUUGUUGAGGAAGAUUGACUUCUUAAGGGCACAAGCUAGAGAUAUGAAAUCUAGACUUGGCAAAGUCACGGCCUUUGCUUGCACCGACCCUAAUUACGCAAACCCUAAUCGCACGCUCGUUAUUCCCUCUACCAUCAAUGAGGACAGAAUGAUAGUUGGAUCUUCCAAAGAUCCAUCUCUUAGGAGGAGUACAGUGAUGAGAAUGCAGCCGGAUGACAUAUCGCGCUGGACGGGUGAAGAUGAUGUACUAAUAUAUGAUGAGAGGUUGAACGAAGGUAUGAAGAAUUAUGGCUGCGCCGACCUUUUUAGUGUUCCCAUGGAGAAGAAGCCAAAGGGUUUACUAGUGAAGGAAGAGCUAGAAAGCACCUUCCAUAAGGAUCUUUCGGAGUCUGAAAUAACAACUCCUAACAACAACAUGAAUAGGGGAACGGGGAGAAGGUAG